AUGCCCGGGGUCCCUUCAAGUCGAGGAUGCGAGGGUUGUCGCAAACAAAAGAAAAAGUGCGACCAAGUAAAGCCCACAUGCUCAAGAUGCACACGUCUAAGAAUACCAUGCAUCGGCAACGGAGUCCAGCGAUACAAAUUCCAAGAACCAAGCGUCACCACACUAGUCCAGCACCAAACCCCAGAGAAGACCAUAAUAGCAACGUCACUGAUAGACGCCAGCCAAACGAGCCUCUCCAAGCAAGAGCGCACAUACCUCAACUUCUUCCGCCAAAACACCUCCAAGCAAGUCGCCAGCUACUUCAGCCGCGCAUUCUGGGACCAAAUGGUGCACCAAGUGGGCGAGGCACAGCCCGCCGUCCGACACGCAGCAAUCGGCGUCGGCGCCAUGCACUGGAACUAUGAUAUCCGAGAACUCGGGCGCGAGAAUCAGUCAUUGCCGCUGCAGCAGUGCGGCAAAGCUUAUGGUCAUUUACAAGAAGCGCUUUCGAGUGGGUUGUCUAGCAGCACGCAGAUAGAGACGGUGCUGUGCUCGUGUUUGGUUCUCGGGGCGUUGUCUAUGAUACAAGGCGAUGCCCGGGCUACGGGCUACCACCUCGGGUCUGGAUGGAGGCUUCUGGAUCAGUGGCAGAGUGUGGGGUUGAGGAAUAGUGCUCUGGGGGCUCGACUGCUGCAGACGUUUACGCAGAAUAAGUUGCGGUGGUUUUCGUUGCAGGAUGGUGAUAUGUAUUCGGAUUUGACGCUUCCUGAUCUGAUAGCUUCGAGGCUUCCGAUUGUGGAGUCUUUGGCGGAGACGGAGGAGACGGUGGGGUUUGUUGUUGGUAUUGGGUGGUUGGCUUUGCAGGUUAGAUCGAGACCUGAUGCUGGGGAUGGUGCGAAGCGGGUGGGUGUGGCUGUGACGCUGUUGAAGAAGCUUCAGGCUUGGAAGGACUUUCUUCUGGAGUCAAGUCAGACACAUGGAGAGGUGGCUCGGGCAGAGAAAAUGAUCUCGUUGCUGGAUGUCUGGUGUCAAGUUCUUUUUAUCCGGGUUUCGACGGAUGGGAAGCUUGAGGACGGCGAGACGAGAUAUGAUCGGUGUCUUCCGCUAUUUCAACAUACUAUUCAGCUGGCCGGAAAGUUGUUAUCAGAGCCGCGUCCAGAUCUCUGGAUGGGCAUUGUCACGCCGCUUGUCUUUUGUGCAUUGAAAUGUCGGGACUGGGAGACAAGGCAUGAGGCACUGAAGAUUCUGAAUAUCGUUCCUUAUUCGAAGGGGAAGUGGUCUAUGGCUAACACAGGCUUGGUUAUUGCAAGAGUCAUUCAGGUUGAAUCUGAGGGCUUCGCCCAAGAAGAUAUCAUUCCUGAAGCCUCACGCAUAGAUUCUAUGCGCGUGGAGUUCUUGCUCAAGGGUCCCCAGGUCUGCAUUUAUUAUUGUCGGUCUCGUUUGAAGAGUGAAAAGGAACGUAGAGAGAAACAGGACUGGGAAAGUGUGGUCAUGCCGUAUUGA